GGGGUGGGGUCCUUCGCUCGCGCCGAAAUUCAAAGGGAUAAAUAGUUCCGGCGGGGGUGGUGUUAUGUCGUCUAUGAUCAAGUUGCCCUUGUAGCCCCCAAAGCUAGCGGAGGUUUACUGGCCCGACAUAGUAUCGGAAAAUGCAUAUUAAGUCAAUCAUUCUUGAGGGAUUCAAGUCCUAUGCGCAGAGGACUGAAGUCAAUGGUUUUGACCCCCUCUUCAACGCCAUCACUGGUUUAAAUGGUAGUGGAAAAUCCAACAUACUGGACUCCAUCUGCUUUUUGCUGGGUAUCUCCAACCUGUCUCAGGUUCGCGCUUCUAAUCUACAAGAUUUAGUUUACAAAAAUGGGCAGGCUGGAAUUACCAAAGCCUCUGUGUCGAUCACCUUUGAUAAUUCUGACAAAAAGCAAAGUCCUUUGGGAUUUGAAGUUCAUGAUGAAAUCACAGUAACAAGGCAGGUGGUUAUUGGUGGCAGAAAUAAAUAUUUAAUCAAUGGAGUAAAUGCAAAUAACACCAGAGUACAGGAUCUCUUCUGUUCUGUUGGCCUGAAUGUAAACAACCCUCAUUUUCUCAUCAUGCAGGGUCGAAUUACAAAAGUACUGAAUAUGAAACCUCCAGAGAUUUUAUCCAUGAUAGAAGAAGCAGCUGGAACCAGGAUGUAUGAAUAUAAAAAAAUAGCUGCCCAGAAAACUAUAGAGAAAAAGGAAGCUAAGCUGAAAGAAAUUAAGACGAUACUUGAAGAAGAGAUUACUCCAACCAUUCAAAAAUUGAAAGAGGAAAGAUCUUCCUAUUUGGAGUACCAAAAAGUCAUGAGAGAAAUAGAACAUUUGAGUCGUUUAUAUAUUGCUUAUCAAUUUUUGCUGGCUGAAGAUACUAAAGAGCGCUCAGCUGAGGAGUUAAAAGAAAUGCAGGGUAAAAUUAUAAAGCUUCAAGAAGAAUUGUCUGAGAAUGAUAAAAAAAUAAAGGCACUUAAUCAUGAAAUACAAGAAUUGGAAAAACAAAAAGAUAAGGAAAUUGGAGGCAUUCUCCGAUCUUUAGAAGAUGCUCUUGCAGAGGCUCAGCGAGUUAAUACUAAAUCUCAAAGUGCAUUUGACCUCAAGAAGAAAAAUCUGGCAAGUGAAGAAAACAAACGCCAAGAGCUGGAAAAAAAUAUGGUUGAGGAUUCUAAAACUUUAACAGCAAAGGAGAAAGAAGUUCAGAAUAGAACAGACGGGCUGCAUGGCCUUCAAGAAGCGAGUAACAGAGACGCCGCGGCUUUGGCCGCAGCGCAGCAGCACUUCAAUGCCGUUUCCGCCGGCUUGUCCAGUAAUGAAGACGGCGCGGAAGCCACUCUCGCCGGUCAGAUGAUAGCCUGUAAGAAUGACAUAAGUAAAGCACAGACGGAGGCCAAACAGGCUCAAAUGAAGUUGAAACAUGCCCAGCAGGAAUUAAAGAAUAAACAAGUAGAAGUUAAGAAGAUGGAUAGUGGCUAUAGGAAGGAUCAAGAAGCUUUAGAAACUGUAAAAAGACUGAAAGAAAAACUUGAGACAGAAAUGAAGAAAUUAAAUUAUGAAGAAAAUAAGGAAGAAAACCUUUUGGAAAAGCGUAGGCAACUGUCUCGUGAUAUCAGUAGAUUGAAAGAAACGUAUGAAGCUCUCUCGGCCAGAUUUCCGAAUCUUCAGUUUGCAUACAAAGAUCCAGAGAAGAACUGGAAUAGAAAUUGUGUGAAAGGACUUGUGGCUUCUCUGAUUAGUGUGAAAGACACUUCUGCAACUACAGCCUUAGAAUUGGUAGCUGGGGAACGACUCUACAACGUUGUUGUAGACACCGAGGUCACUGGUAAAAAGCUACUAGAAAAAGGAGAAUUGAAACGUCGUUACACUAUAAUUCCACUCAAUAAAAUCUCAGCCAGAUGUAUUGCUCCAGAAACUUUGAGAGUUGCUCAGAAUCUGGUUGGUCCUAAUAAUGUUCAUGUGGCUCUUUCCCUGGUUGACUAUAAACCAGAACUUCAGAAAGCAAUGGAAUUUGUCUUUGGAACAACACUUGUUUGUGACAAUAUGGAUAAUGCCAAAAAAGUGGCCUUUGAUAAAAGGAUAAUGACUAGAACUGUAACUUUAGGGGGUGAGGUAUUUGAUCCGCAUGGAACAUUGAGCGGAGGUGCUCGAUCUCAGGCGGCUUCUAUUUUAACCAAGUUUCAAGAACUCAAAGAUGUUCAAGAUGAGCUGAGGAUCAAGGAGAAAGAGCUACAGGCUCUAGAGGAGGAAUUAGCACGUCUUAAAAACACUGCUGAGAAGUAUCGCCAACUAAAACAGCAGUGGGAAAUGAAAACUGAGGAAGCAGAUUUAUUACAAACAAAGCUCCAGCAAAGCUCAUAUCAUAAGCAACAAGAAGAAUUGGAUGCUCUUAAAAAAACUAUUGUGGAAAGUGAAGAAACCUUAAAAACCACCAAAGAAAUCCAAAAAAAAGCAGAAGAAAAAUACGAAGUAUUAGAGAACAAAAUGAAAAAUGCAGAAGCUGAGAGAGAAAGAGAACUGAAGGAUGCUCAGAAAAAACUGGACUGUGCCAAAACAAAGGCAGAUGCAUCCAGCAAGAAAAUGAAAGAAAAACAACAGGAAGUUGAAGCUAUCACUCUGGAGCUGGAAGAGCUCAGGAGAGAGCACACAUCCUGUAAACAACAGCUUGAAGCUGUGAAUGAAGCUAUCAAAUCCUAUGAAGGUCAGAUUGAAGUAAUGGCAGCUGAAGUAGCUAAAAAUAAGGAGUCAGUCAAUAAAGCUCAAGAAGAGGUGACCAAGCAAAAAGAAGUGAUAACAGCCCAUGACAGUGUAAUUAAAACCAAAUACACAGAAGUGGCAAAAUAUAAGGAGCAAAACAAUGAUUCUCAACUUAAAAUCAAGGAGUUAGACCACAAUAUCAGCAAACAUAAACGGGAAGCUGAAGAUGCUGCUUCGAAGGUAUCCAAAAUGUUGAAAGAUUAUGACUGGAUUAAUGCAGAGAAACAUCUCUUUGGCCAGCCCAAUAGUGCCUAUGAUUUCAAAACCAACAAUCCCAAAGAAGCUGGUCAGAGGCUUCAGAAGUUGCAAGAAAUGAAGGAGAAACUAGGAAGGAAUGUUAAUAUGAGAGCUAUGAAUGUACUGACCGAAGCUGAAGAGCGAUAUAAUGAUUUGAUGAAGAAGAAGAGAAUUGUAGAAAAUGACAAAUCUAAAAUCCUUGCAACUAUAGAAGACCUUGACCAGAAAAAAAACCAGGCCCUAAAUAUUGCUUGGCAAAAGGUGAACAAAGAUUUUGGGUCUAUUUUUUCUACUCUCUUGCCUGGUGCCAAUGCUAUGCUUGCACCACCAGAAGGGCAAACUGUUUUGGAUGGUCUGGAGUUCAAGGUUGCCUUGGGAAAUACCUGGAAAGAAAAUCUAACUGAGCUUAGUGGUGGUCAGAGGUCCUUAGUGGCUCUGUCGUUAAUACUGUCCAUGCUCCUCUUCAAACCCGCUCCUAUUUAUAUUUUGGAUGAGGUAGAUGCAGCUUUGGAUCUUUCUCAUACCCAAAAUAUUGGACAGAUGUUGAGAACUCAUUUCACACAUUCUCAGUUCAUUGUAGUAUCCUUAAAGGAAGGUAUGUUCAACAAUGCAAAUGUUCUUUUCAAAACCAAGUUUGUGGAUGGAGUUUCUACAGUGUCCAGAUUUACUCAAAGUCAGAAUGGAAGAAUUCCAAAGGAAGCAAAAUCCAAGGCCAAAGGACCUAAUAAAUGAGCACAUGGUGGAAGUUUAAACUACAGACUUACUCCUGCACCUUGACCUUUUUUUAAAACAUAAUCUUUCAAGAACUUGGAAUCUAAUUUUUUAUGUAAUAAUAAUGUUAUUCUGUUACAUAACUAGUAUUUUCUCUCCCUUUGUAUUAUCCUUUGUAAAUGAGCAGAUUCUUCUCUCUUAAUUAGUGUAACUAUGGUCCAGUUACUGUGGUUAUAGUUUAUGUAUAUCAUCAAUUUUUUUUCUUAAAAUCCUUCAUAUGUUAGAGUGCCAGAUACACCUGGUUGGUGGUGUAUGUAGAAGAGAAAAAUGCAAAGAAACAGAUGAAAUUAAAAUAUAGGAUAAAGGUAGCUGACAGCUUUUAAUUAGUUUAGUUCUUAAAGCCAGAUUAUGUAUUUUCUGUUAAUAAAAUCAUCUAGUUAAGGAAAAAUUAUGAAGCAAGUAGCUGGAUGGACAAAGGGAAAACACAGAAAGCUAGUAUAAAUGUUCGGAGGUAUCGCAGGUCAGUCCCUUGAGGACAUUGAGCCAGCUUAUGUGAUGGGAAAAGAUCUUGAGAUUUCCCAUUUUAGUGUUGGAAUAUCAUGUUUCUGUAUGCAUACUUCGUCCUGCAACCUUGAUUUCUUUUGUUUUUUUUUAAAGCUUUUUGAGUAUUUUAUAGAGAUUUGGGAAGAAGUAUGCUGCAUGGUGCUCUUGGUUUAUUUGGUCUCAGUAUUUUUAAAGCUUUUUGUCAACCUUUUCAUAACCUAAUCAAUAACCUGUUGGUGACUGAGAACGUAGGGCCCAGCCGACUAAAACUUUCUCCUGAGUCUGAUAAGCAUAUAGAUUGAUCUAGUAACAAAAUCUUGAAAGUACGAUGAUGAUUAGAAGUAUUUGUACAUUCUGCUCUCCAUUUCAAAGGAGUGCAACUUAUCAAACACUGAAAAAAUAGUAUUUAUAGUUUUUGUUUUCCCAGGUACAUCCUUAAAAUAGUAUGUCUAUAAUCUGAGUCCUGAAAGUUCUUAUUUGAUCUCAUCUGAUCUUGGACGUGCUAUUUUGGCCUCACAACUCUUCCUGAUACUUGACUCUUAGUUCCUAAAUGUAUUUACAUGCUUUCAUACUUGUUGACCCUAGGGUUGACAUUUCUGUCUUCAUUGCCAUACCUGUUAUGUGAUACCUAAGUAAUUGUUAUUAUGGGACAGAUUGGAAUGGAUUUAAUCCAGAAUUAGUUCUGUCUGCUGUGGGAGGGAGAAGAAAUACAGCAAUAAAUGCCAAGUUACAGGAAGUCCAAUGUCCUAGAUGGCAGACCUUCAGUUUUUUCCUUCCUUUUAAAAGUAUUGCAGAUUGUUUACCAGAACAGUUGUAUGCGUGCACAUAAUUACCAAUAAAGUAUAACAUGCAAGUAGUAUUUUUGAUCAAGCAGUUACAAAAUGAAACUUGCUAUUUUAGCCACCAUUUUAAAAAUAAUUUUGAGUGUGAAUACUUUGCCAUAUGCACUAAAUUCCUUUUCUCUGCUGCAAAUUUUCUGCUUGUGUGCUUUUCUAAUUUUUGUCUUAUGUGUAAUCUUGCUGUUUGAUGAAAAUUCUCAAACAUAUAUUAAAUUUUUGUGAGUAA